UAACGUCAUGCAUUAUUUUUUAUCCUUUUUACAAUCGCUUUUUAUGUAUAUUUUCGUUACUAAGAUUAGUCGUACUACAACAAGAUAUUUUGUGCAAUGGGAAGCAAGUUCAUGACUGCGGAGCAAUCUACAUUUAUGAAAGAUCUGCAUCAGGGAGGAAUGAUGCUCAAGUAUUCCAAACUGCUUCUAUUUUUAACUUGAUUUCAAGCAGCUCCACUACUGAUAGGCCUUGUGAGCCGGUCUCAAUCGCUUCAGUCAGUUAAUGACUUCUAGUUCACGAGCUCCAUUAUUUAAGUUCAUGGGGACCAAAGAAUGAAAAUACCAAUCAAAAUUCAACUGUGCAUUGUUCAUGACUUAUGAUCGUGUUCCUAAUCAUUGUGACUGAUUUGAAUUCUCUAGGCAGGCAACUUCAAGAUCUGUGUGUCUAUUAGACGAGUUUGGUAAAGGCACUCUAACAGAAGAUGUUGUGGGUCAGAUAAUGACUGAUUCUCGAAACCGGUGGUUAACCGGCCAUGAGCUUAACCUGAUUCUUCAGAAUGCUAACUCUCUGACUGUGUCUACACCUUCUGCCCGAAACGGAAGUAUAGGACUGUUUCUUUACAAUGUCGAGGCCUACAGAGAUGAUAUGCUUUGGCAACACUUUGACGGUGGAAAUCCACAUAGAGGGACCCUGGAUGGUGUGAGGUAUACGGAGAGUACCAAUUUUGUGAAUGAAGCAUACCGGCGGAGGGACCACCGCAAGUCUCAGCGCCAUGGAAUCUUGGCUGUCGUGCACUACCGCAUCGUCUAGAGUUCACUUUUCUCCACCUCUUUCUAGAAAGAAGAGUAUAAUUCGGAGAAAGAUGAAGAUCAUCCAAUAGUGAUCCCGGAUAGCUAACAAAAACUUAUAUAUAUAUAUAUAUCCACAGUUAUAACUUCAGCUCUUUCUAGAAAAACUUAUUUAGGAUCUAUAUAGACGGUCGGUUAUGUAUUAUCCACUAUUAUUACUUCAGCUCUUUUUACAAAAGCUUGCUUAGUAUCUAUAUAGACGGUUAUAUAUUAUCCACAAUUAUUAACAUC